UCGUGCAUUUAUCAUCCACUAACUCCAAUCCCCCCCACAAUUUGGACGUGGUCCCGGGGUUGGUCAGUUUUCCUCAAUUGAUAAAUCCCUAAUGCGCCAAUCUGCCCUCGGUGAUGGAGGCGCGAAUUUAGUUGAGUUAUGACCGUGGCACCGUGCAGUCUUAGCGAACGUGUUGUAGUGUACAAACGCCGCACCGAAGCGACGGUUAAAGUUCCGAACGUGAUUGUAUGCUGAAUCUCCAUUAGUAUAGCUGUAAAAUAAGGAUCUCAUUCUCGUACUAGAGGGCAAGAAGAGUCUCCAGUGCGAAACAAUCCCGGAACAUAGUUUGAAUCGUACGAUCGUUGAUGCGGUUGAGUAAUAUCUCUAUUGGACUUUUCACAAAAUUCCGACGAAGAUCCUGUGUGAUCGUGUGUUGAAUUGGACCCUCGAACAAGCUGCCCAGUCUUUGCCGAUCGCACACGAGUUCAUUAAUUUGCUGAUCCUAAACGUUAUCUGAAUCACGGGAAGCAAUUUGAGGGAAAUUGGCUCCACUUACUGUUAGUCGGGUCUUCAAGGCGCACCGUCGGGCAAAAGCGCUUCACCGCCAGCUUGGAUGCGCACACCACCACGCAGUGAAUCGCGCAAAGUUGAUCGAUUUGGCUCGCUCGCGUUCGUUUCCGUGCGGACUGUUGGUCACCGGUAGUCACCGGAAGAAUGAUCAUCCGCUUAUCGUUCUAACUUCCCCUUCUCCCCUUGCCGUUUCUCCACGAAUCCCCAUCUCCCAUUGUACGACUGGCCAGAACAGAGAGUGGCAGUGGCACGUGAUGUCGUGGUUGAUUGCUAAUGGCGUAAGUCUCUGUUAUGUUGAAAGGGAAGAUGAAACGGUGGGCGGAAUGGUCAUAGAACGACGUCAGUGUGCAAGCGCCUGUCAUUUGAAUACAUUUUGACAAAUGAAAAUGAAAAAUGCAAAUUAGGCCAAUAACUGAUGCCACUUGGGGCAGCGAAUGAGGCUUAUGAUUUGGCUUCUGUUGUGUUUUGCGUGUAUUGUGACAGCUUUUGGGUCAGAAAAUGACAAAUUUAAACGGCGGUAAACUGUUUGUUUUCGGCUAAUGACCGACAAUUGUGUCGAAUGUACAUGAAAACUAAGCGGCCAACAUGCGUCGUCUCGUGCAGACUCUCGAGGCACAUUUGUUUUGCAAAAAAUCAAACAAUACUGCUAUUUUGGGAUGCGUGCUUUCCAUUGAUUCAAACAAGAACCGAUAGUUCUGCUCAUACGUUCAACAGUAUCCAAAUCUGGUGUUACAAUAGCUUUUGUUGAACUAAGUGCGCUUUUGUCAAUAAUUGAGUUUCUUCCUGCACUACUACCACCAUACAACCAAAACGAGGAGUGGUGAUGGCGGAAAAUUAGGCGAAAAACUCCCUACCAUCUAUGUGACAUACCUACACGCAUGCACGCUUCGCUCUCUAUCAGCCGGAUUUUGUACACGUUUCGAGUUGUAAUUAUGGGGCCCACCAGUGCAUGCAUAUAGGCAUCCGAUAAUCGUGGAAGUUAUUGCGGGGGGAAAAGUAAGGGAUGAGUUUUUUGCAAUCAUUGUUUGCUGGCCUAACCUUGGGAAGCAACGUGCCGGGUGCUAGUAUGCUUUAUGUGACUAAUUUAGUGGUAGUGAAAAUGAAAUGUAUGAUCAUUAACGGUAGGUUCCCCAUAAAUUACGUUCGCGAGAAGUUGACUACGGUUUGUUGAAGAUUCUUAAAUUAGUGCCUCGUAAUGAAGGCUACUUUUGGAGUGUAACCAGAGAGUGCGAGAGAUAAGAACAAUAGAAAAGCGACAAAUGUGUGUUGGCAGUGGGUGGUGGGGUUUGAAAAUUGGUGGGCGGCAUCUAACAAGCAUCGGUGGUUCAGUGGUAGAAUGCUCGCCUGCCACGCGGGCGGCCCGGGUUCGAUUCCCGGCCGAUGCAAUUCGAUAAUUGGUAUUCCUUUUUUGAUUCGUCACUACUAAACGGGUAUGAAUUAGAUCAAUUCUAAAGGACACAGUUGUAAUUAUAGAACCCAUUAUAUUUCAGGGUUUCAGCAAACGAGUUAAUAUUAGGCCACCGUACACGAUCGAUCGCUACAGGGGAUAAUUUUGUAGAAGAAUUGUUCCGCAUCCUCAUGAUCAGUCGAACCGCACCUCAAUGUAUGCGGGCAAGUAGGAGAAAAAGAUGCCACAAGCGUUUGAGAGGGGUGAGUGAGCAUUUAUGCCCCAUAACAUGUUCAUGAUAACCCGGAUGCCCUCAAUUAAGCUACCAUCUUUUCUUUAAGUAGACUCACGGCUCACGUUAACACAUAUGAUCAUGCGAUGUGUGCAAGUUACGGUAGUGUAAAUCUAAUAGUGUAAACACUAACGGGCUAUGAAGACAACCAGGUGCAAGUAGAAGAUCAAACCAGCAGAUGAUAGGGAAUGUUCAAUAUUUAUGUGUAGAAUGAAGACAAACAUGUUGAAGAACAAUGUAACAUUUGAAUGGAAAAUGGAACUGCGAAAAACAAAACAAAAUUCAAUCAUUUUAAAUCACUUCUCUAGUACUCUUGUGCUGGUAUUCAUUUUAACAAUGCAGUAAAUAUUUAUAUAUUUGUAUUGUUCGGCUGUUGUUGAUACCAGUUGAACGAAUGAAUGAGACACGGGGGAAAUUAUGGAGAACACCUAUGAACAUGACGUGGUUUUUUAGGUAGAAAAAAUGCCGCUUCUUUGACGUGGGAAGUCGCAUGGAAGAUGUACAGGUGUCAUUGGCGAUGUUACUUGAUGUGGUGACAGAUCGCAAACACACAAUGGAAGCAAAUACACAAGUUUCAACCACGACCACACACACGAUAGAACGAAGCGCAUAUUGCUAGCGCCGUCACGCGGUAUGCCUCUCGAUCAUGAGCGUGAAACGUGACUUGGUUGCAUUCUUUAGCCGGUAUGGUGCUGCUGCGGUAUCAUCACUGGUAAAUGCAUAACAGCUAAGGAGAAUUAUGUGGUGGGAACGUUCGAGCUCAAUGAUAUGGUGUGCAAUUCUUUCUGUUUUGAGCCAGAUUUCAUAACGGAAAAAGACAGAUGCUGACAAGCCCUCCCUCAUUCCAUCUCAGCAGAGGAUAGAAUGAAGGAUCUUAAGCCACAGAAUGGCCACGACAAAAAGGGGCCGACCGUGCUGGCAAAGGAAUCGCAAUCGGCCGGAUCGUCACUGCGGGAAAAGUAUCUCUACUUUAAGCGCAACAUAACCGUGGAACCGAUGCUGGCGUGCUACAUUAUGCCGAGCGUUCUGGCCGGCUUAGCGACGCAGAACCUUAACCUGGAAAAGGCGUGCCGCGUGAACUUGGCCUAUGGCGACGAGAUUUGCGAUGCACUAACCCGGCGCGAUACGGCCAACUAUACCCAUGAGGAAGAAAUGGUGCAGCAUCUGGUGGCUCGAAUGGCUGGUUGGAAAACGGUGCUCCAGAGUGCACUGCCCUGUCUCCUGAUCCUGUUCUGGGGUUCCUGGAGCGAUCGGCACGGUCGGCGAAAACCCUGCAUGCUGAUACCGAUCGUGGGUGAGUUUCUGACGGCGAUCGGGCUGAUUCUCUGCACGUACUUCGAGUCAGUACCGAUGGAGGUGGCCGGCAUCACGGAAGCCCUGUUUCCGGCCCUGACCGGCGGCUGGUUCACCAUGUUUAUGGGCGUCUUCAGCUACAUCGCGGACGUGACAACCACCGAGGAGCGUACGCUGCGAAUCGGUAUCGUGAACCUAUGCUUUUCGCUUGGCGUCCCCAUCGGUAUGGCCUUCAGUGGCAUCCUUUUGAAGCAGAUCGGCUUCUACGGUGUGUUUAGCAUCUCGGCCAGCCUCUACUUGGUGGCCUUCUUCUACGGGGCGUUCCUGGUGCCGGAAGUAAACAUUCUCAACGAAAAGGAACGACUGCGGGCCAGCGAGAAACGAAACCUGCUGACUGAUUUCUUUGAUCGCGAGCACGUCAUGGAGACGUUCCGGGUGGCGUUCAAGAUUGGCCAGCGUCAAAGGCGACUCCGCGUGAUCAUGCUCAUGAUCGUGGUGAUGGUCGUGAUCGGGCCACUGCACGGCGAAAUGGCGGUUAUCUAUUUGUUCACCCGAUACCGGUUCAACUGGAGCGAAGUGGAAUUUAGCUUCUUCUCUACGUAUGGCAUGCUGACGGGAUUGAUUGGGACCGUUUUCUCCGUAGGCGUUUUUUCUCAUCUGCUCAAGAUAGACGAUGCCCUGAUCGGUGUAAUGUCGUGCAUGUCGAAGAUACUGUCAAGCUUUGUGUACGCGUUUGCUGUCACCACCUGGCAGCUCUACCUUGGUCCGAUCGUAGAAAUGCUGAACGGCACGUCCUUCAUCUCGAUGCGCUCGAUUGCAUCGAAGCUGGUGGCAAGCGAUGAGCUGGGCAAGGUAAACUCACUCUUCGGUGUGGCUGAAGCGUUGAUGCCACUCGUUUACGCCCCAAUGUAUACUACGGUAUACUCCGCUACUAUUAACGUGCUUCCCGGGGCAUUCUUUUUGCUCGGCGGCGCUCUUACCUCACCGGCCGUGAUCAUCUUUCUUUGGAUGUAUCGUGUGCACAAGCGCGAAGCACGCGAGAUCGCGGAAGAAAAGCGCACCGAAGAUAAGCAUCGGCAGCUGGGCGAGUCAGCGGCAGUCGGUGAGGGCACUGGUGAUCGUGCAAUCACGAUCAGUAUUGGCGUAGCAAACGCAGCCUUCGAGAAUGAUGAGAAUGGUGGUGGCGGGAUCGGCAGCGACAAGGUGCCCCCUGCCAGCCACGUCGCAAAGCCAACGACCGCCAAUGGUGAUGAGCCAACCAAACUGUGAUAAGCAUGUGUCUGUUCCUGAUGGUAGAAUGUUCCUGGACCGGGGAACGCUCUUGGAAGGAAGUUAUAUGUUGUGCCUGUGUGUGUUUGUUUGUACAUAUAAUAAAAAAAACUACUGAUUAUAUUAU